GGAGAAAGGGAAAACUGGUUUCUCAGUGCACUUUUUAUCGUCCAGCACAAAGAAACCUACUUCUCCUUCCCGUCUCUUUUAGAUGGAUGAACACCAUGAGCCCCUUUUAAGGAGCAGAUAAUUCCCCUCCACCUGGAUGUUCUCAUAUGAGCAAAUGAUCAGUGUCGUGGAUCUGGAGAUUAUUCCUGGAACACCGGGCAGAACAUUAAUGAUCCAUCACAAUGAGCAGCCCCCUCCAUUAGCAGCUGUGUGGAGUGGGAGAGAGCCUCCCUCAGCGGCCAUCAUGCCUCUGAGAGCCACUCAGACACAGCAGAGGCUAAAUGGGAGAAGAACCAGGAGGACGGAAAGGGCCAAUGAUGGACAACGCUCCAAAAAGCUAGCAAUCAUCUCCCGAUCUCUCCUUAUCUGCAGCUCCAGGAGUACCGAUGACACAUCUUGCCCAGAGGAGAGGUACGGAUACGAGAACUGGAAAGAAGGGUACCAAGGAGACCCUCUGGAGGCCAAGGCUGUACAUUUGGAAAUGAAUUUCAGCAGGAGUGUUAGCCUGCAGGGAUCAAAGUGGAGUGAGGAUCCCAAGAAGAACUUACGGAGGUCCUUUUCCAUUAAGGAAAGCAGUUUCUGGAGAAUGUGCAUGGCUACCGGGGAGGAGUGCGGGCCGCUCGGACCUCAAGUGGCCGAUAACGACCUUCAGACUGGUGACAAUAUAGUCACUGUGCGAAACGGAGGCCAAUUACACAGGGAGACUUAUAUCCACUAUGGCGAGAGGCUGACCCCAUUUAAUGGGCAGCUUUUAAAUGGCCACACAAAGCUCGAGUCGGAGAAACAAUCAGCCAUGAGAACUGAUCCCAGAACAGUUAGUGCUGAGGUUUUUAGCUCAUGUGAAAACAGUGGGCCACUAAACAGACAUUCACCAGACUCUGUGACCUACAGGAAGGAAGUAGUUGGAAACAGUGUUAAUUUAAAGAAGCCCAUUAUAGAAAUAACAGAAGUCAGUAAGAUCUGUGAGACAGAAGAUACAGAAGAUACAGAAGAUACAGAAGGGUCAGCCUGCAAGAGGAAUCGUUCAAACUCUACAAGUGUUCACCCAUACUGGAUUGGUGAUUUGGAUUCCAUCAUUAUGAAGACACCAGAGCUGUUUUCUUGUCAUGCUAACACUUCUACUGGUAUUUAUGGAAACAGGAAGUCUCUUUCUCAACAACUGGAGUUUCCACCCAGCGUUUCACAGGUUGUCCCAAGACCUUCUCGCUCACUUAGUUCAGCACAUCUGGUUCAAUCCAGCAGCAGUGUCCAGGCCUUUAUAAUCUGUAAUAUAGUCCUAAUGAAGGCACCAGGCAAGGGUCUAGGUUUCAGUAUAGUUGGAGGAAGGGACAGCAUGUAUGGUCCAAUGGGAAUCUAUGUAAAGACCAUUUUCCCUGGUGGAGCAGCUGCAGCAGAUGGACGAUUGCAUGAAGGAGAUGAAAUUCUGGAACUGAAUGGAGAGUCUCUGCAUGGUCUUACUCAUGAAGAUGCUCUACAAAAGUUUAAACAAGUGAAGAAAGGUCUUCUGACACUGGUGGUAAGGACCAGGUUGGGUGCUGUAGUUGGCAGUCAGACACAGGUGGCCCAGCUGUGCCGCUCCAAGUCUCUGAGCUCCACCACAGGUAUCAGAAGAGCCAGUGAUGAGCUAACUGACUUCCCUAACUUGGGCACUCAGGCCAAACCUAGAGACCGCAUCAUGAUGGAAAUCACCUUGCAUAAGGAGGUUGGUGUAGGCCUUGGUAUCGGGCUAUGCUGCGUUCCAUCUGCCGAAGGUGGUGCUGGAAUCUACAUUCACACCCUGUCGCCAGGUUCAGUGGCCCACAUGGAUGGUCGCUUAAGAUGUGGAGAUGAGAUUGUGGAGAUUAAUGACACUGUGGUUUGCAACAUGACACUCAAUGAUGCCUACACAGUUCUGAGUCAGUGCAGCCCAGGGCCGAUUCAGCUCAUCAUCAGUCGACACCCUGACCCCAAAGUUUCUGAACAGCAGCUGAAUGAGGCCAUUGCCCAGGCAGUGGAGAACAGCAAACUAAAGAGAGACAAGAGUCACUGGAAUAUGGAGGCCUCAGGUCUAAGGAAAAUGGAGCAAUGUUCACACAACAGGACCAAGUGUGAGCGCUGCACAGAGCGAAGUCACAGCCAGAUGAGCUGCAGGCGACCCCAGAAACCCAUGAUCCGUUCCUGUAGCGAGGGUGCAUACAGCCAGCGCAGUGCCCUAAUCAGUGGCAACAUGUUGCCUGUCCCACAACACCAAAACGUCACUCGUGUACACAGCAUGGAUGCCACCAUUACAGCCAGCUCUGAGGUUCAGACCAGCAGAAGGCCAUCACCAACUUCAUAUACCGAUGACGACUACAAUGUGCCCUACAACUCUCAAAUGAACUUUGUCAGUCACGAGAGGUGCGAUGCAGGAUUCGGGAGGACUAGGGGUUUUAAGGGUAGGCCUCGCUCUCUACCAAGAAGGUACUAUAGACGGCAGGGUAUCACCCAGGAAGGUCCACUAACCGACUCAAGUGGCUCUAGUGGAGGUUCACCAGUGAAAGAGGAAGAUCCAUUGCCAUCACAAAAUUGCCAAUUGUUCUGCAAUAUAUACAGGGCUUUGAGAAAGAUCUCAAGGCUUCUGUUUCAGAAAGAACCGGAUGAGCUUUCAGAAGAAACUAAAACAGCACUCUCUAAACCUGUCACUGCUAAUCCGGCUGAAAAGAGACUCAGGGAGGGCAGACUAUACAGAGACUCUCGGUCUCCCAACCACCUGUGCAGUCCAGCUAGGAGAGCCAGUCUGAGACAUCAGGACUGUGUGGCGUUAAACCCUGAUCAGGAAGCUGACCCUUGGGUGAGGCUAACAGACAGUCUUGAGAAGCGCCUGAGCCAUCGGAAAAUCAUGAGUGACCUUAAUGGGAAUAAUGAGAUAAAUGGAACAUUCUCAGAGAACACAGAUCCUAUCUCUAGCUCAAAGACGGAGGAAAGUGAUGCUGUUAAAAAGGGCCCACCAGUGGCUCCAAAACCUGCUUGGGUGCGCCAAAGUCUUAGAAGCAUUAAGUCUGGGAGGUCUCCAGCUGAUGCCUUUAAAAAUCCCCCAAAAACUGCAGAUACUGGAAGGACCUUUGGACUUAGUCUGAGGGCCACUUCAUCACCUGCAACUUUAUCUUUCAAACAAAAGCUCAGCUCAUUCGAAAACUUUUCUAACACUGAUGGGACAGAGACAACAAGCAGAAGACUUAUGCAGAGUGAGAGAAGUCCUGCUAGAUUUGAGAAAGCACAGCCUGAAGAGACUAGCAAGACAUGGAAAAGUAAAACCACUGUGAUUAACACACAGGACAGUGACCAACCUUCUUCAUUGGUAGAUUCAAUCACCACCAGUGAAGCAUCAUCUGAAAAAGAACAAGUAACCUCGAAAAAGACGGAUUUCCAAAAUGAGAUUCCAAAAACAGAUGACACAGCUGCAGCCACAAAGCCAAUUGAAGAUUCUGUAAGCCCUCUAGUAGAGAAUCCUUCUACAUUAGAGGAUGAAAAUGAAACAAAUCCUGCUCAAAAAGAUGAGGGAUUAACAAGUUUUACUCAAAUAGAUGAGGAGGAAGCAAGCUCUGCUAAGAAAGAUGAUGAGGAAACAAGUCUUGCUCAGGAAGUCACAACCCCUCUUGAACAUUGCCCUAGAAGGUCCAGCAGUUCUAAAGAUCCUCCUUCACAAAAUAUAUCUUCACUGGAGGGCCACAGCAGUCACACUGCAAGUUUAAGAACCAGGAGUCUACCCCUGAACACCUCUUCUCCGGAUGUCCACAGUCAAGGUGGUCUGGAAGGGGAAACCCUUCAGAUCAUCUUGUCAUUCAGCAACCAAGUGUCCCAUGCCUUGAUGCGUUCCAUGCAAUCCCUUCCACAGUCCCCAUGCGUAAAGCUUGGUAACCCAUUGACUGCGCCAUCUGAAACCUCUCACCAAAACCCAACAGAAGAGGACAUUUCUUUGUCUGAGUCAUUACGCUUACAGGCACCAGACGGCUCUGAGAAGGGGUUCUCUGUGAGCCUGGCUGAGCUGAGAGAGCGCACUAUUGAGAGAGGGGAAGAGGCCGAGAAGACUGAUGGCGCAUCUGAGCGACCUCUCAACACACCCUCUGCAGUGUGUGCCCAGUCCGUGAUCUCGGCAAUUCCAUCUCAGGAGAUCCAGAGGCUGAUCCAGGAGGUCAAAGAUCUUGAUGAGGACACUCUAAAGCAACUGGAAGAUAUCCAUGUAGUGAUCCUGCACAAGGAGGAGGGAAUCGGCUUGGGUUUCUCUAUCGCUGGUGGUAUCGAUCAGAACAAAGCAACUACAGUUCACAAAAUCUUUCCCAACGGCUUAGCUGCUCUGGAGGGCACCAUAGAGAAAGGAGACGAGGUGCUGUCUAUUAACGGACAGACCCUGAAGAACGUGGAUCACAGCGAUGCUACAGCAGUACUUCGGCAGGCACGUGAACUAAAACAGGCGGUGGUGGUGGUAUGCAAGAACAAAGAUGCAGAAAGUAGCACUGAUGCUAGUACUACUGAGGCCAGCUGCAGUACUGGCACAGAGCAGAGCCUCACAGAUGAGAGUGGUGAUGUCCUGACUCUAGAGCUGGAGAAAAAUGAAGGUGGAGUGGGUUUUGGGCUAGAGGGAGGAAAGGGCUCUAUUCAUGGAGACAAACCUUUGGCCAUCAGCAGAAUCUACACAGGUAGUACAGCAGAGCAAAAAGGCCUUCAGGUUGGUGAUGAACUGCUGCAGGUCCAAGACUCUACAAUGCAAGGCCUUUCACGUCUCGAGGCUUUGACAGUCCUCAAAGGACUUCCUGAUGCAUCAUUCAUAGCCAUAGUGAGGAGAAAGAAAGCAGAGCAGACCUAAAUUCUGAAAGUACACCCAGGUUUUGUGAUAAGAGUGAAAGGACUGAAUUUUGGGGGAACAAGUGCUACGUGCAAAUUCCCCUAAUGACCGUCCUAAGUACUGUAGUAUCCAAGAUCAGAAUUAGGGUGUAUCCCAACUGUAGUAAAAAUGAGUAUCACAAAUGGUUUACUAUUAAUUGGAUCUUAAGUGUAAGAACAUUAUGUUAAACACAAACCAAAAAAUGUUUUUAAUUUGAAUAUAUGGAAUAUUGAAUAAAGAAAAGCUAAAAUGCCACGAGAGGUUUCUCAACAAUGACAGUGUGUGUAACUAGACAAUGCCAAAUAGAGUACAUACUUUUAGUGCAUAACACUGUAAAAUUAGGUGAAUUGGGAUGCAGCAAUAGUUUUACAGUAUAUAGUAGAGUACAAUAGUUUUUAAAUGACAAAUCCAACCUACCCUGGUAAUUUCAUGCAAUCUUACUAUCAGGGUCAUAUUUAUGUUAAUUGGGAGUAUUAGUGAGAAUAUUUUAAAUAUAGUUAAAAUAAAUCUAGUAUUUCCUAAUAUAAGAUUAGAGCAAACACACUGAGAAAUUAUUACAACUAUUUCUAGACAUAUUUGACAGAUUUCAAGGUUGAAUUAUUUUGUUUUAUUGGCAGAAUGCAUUUUUGCUACUUUGAAGCACUUAUUUAAAAAAAAAACCCCACAUUUUAAAAUGCAAGGACUGAAAGGAUAAAAAAAAAGUCCAUAAAUACUGUAGGUUUAAUAAUCUCAUGUUUGUUUCAGCAUAGCCUUAUAAAAGUUAUAAAUACUAGAUUAAUACUAUAAAUCUAAUAUUCAAGAUAUUGAAACUCGCUUCAAUGCAUUUUUUGGCCAUGCUCCAUUACAUUACAUCAGAAUGCAUGUAAUGAUUGCUGAAGACUGAGAGAAGUAAACAGCAUGCAGUUAAACAUUGCAUUAAACAAACCGAAACAAGACACAAUACAGGAAGUGGUCGUAUGUGACAUUUCCGACUGCCAAGAGAAGCAAGACUGUAUGAAAGCAUGUGAUUCAUGAAAAAAUGUAUCAGUGUUCAUGUGUGUCCAAUCUGUCCAAACUAUUUAGCACAGAACAUCUUUAAAACACCCAUUUGCUCAGGACGUCAAUUAAUGUUUACAAAUUAAACAUUAAACUAAACCCCAGCAUCAUUAAAAACCCAAAAUGGCCAAAUAUGAAGCUUUUAAUGGUCUUAAUACAAAUUGUUGGUCAGGAAAUUAGAGAGAAUUAAACACAUUACACUCCUGAGACCCUUUUGUAUUGCCAUUUGAUCGCUUACUUUUGGUGGAGGAGAAGCUAGGAACAGGGAAUUUAAAAAGUUACUUAAAAUGUCUACUUGCACACAAAGGCAAAAUCAUCAUAACGAUUGAAAUGUUUGAUUCAAAAUUUAACACUUUAAUUUUCAGAACAUUUCCCAACUACUCGUCAACAUUUCAAGCAUCAACAUUAAAUAAAACAUUGAUUCUUUUUUUCUGUAAAGAAAUUAUCUUCAGAUUUAGCCAAAAAGCUUAACCAUCAAAGAAAUCAGAAUGGAAAAGCUAUCAAAUGCUGUAUUUGUUUCAUUCUUGAUCAUUUACUGACCAAUGAUUUGUUGUUAAGACAAAAAAAACGCUUGGUAUUUAAACCUUUUCUGCUCAAGAGUGUACUAUACAUGCUAUAAUUGUUGCUAUUGAUUUUGAUUACCUGCGAAUGAAGCAUAUUUCAAGUUGGUAAAAAUUGUACAUUAAAAACACAUUCGACUACAUAUAUAAUCCUGAAAUUGAAUUGAUGAUUCUGGAAAAUGCUAUCAUUUGGGCAUGAAUGGUUUCUAAUCAGAUGUGUCUGAAUGCAACAUUCAUGAAUAGUUGUACUUCUUAUAUAUUGUUAAUGUGUUUUUGCCAAUUUUGUUGUGUUGGUCUACAUUAACUGCUUUCAUCAGACACUCAGGACAUUUAGAGUACUGUGCUGAUGGACAAUGGCUAGUCUGGCAUAAUCAGUCUUUUACAAGCCUAUGGGCCUAUAACAAACCAGCAAAGCCUAUCAAUGCAAUUUAUAAAGGAUACUUAUAUAUCCGUGUGAAAGACGCCAUACAGAACUGUUCUCACUGAACUACAGGAGAAAAACUUCUAGGCUUUAGGAAAGGCCAUUCCAAUUAUCACUUAUAUAAUCAAUAAAUGGUCUAAGCAACUUCAGAUAGUCUUUAAUGAUCUAUUGAAGCAUAGCACUUCUACAUGAAUUAGUCCAAAACUGAGAUCAAUACACAUCCAAAUAUUUAGAUUCUAUUUACAUGAUUCAACUGUUUCUGGUGUAAUUUUUUAAAAUAAUUGUAAAUAAAAAUUCAGAAGGUUAGCCGUGUCAAAACAGCAUAACAGUUUGACUUUUCCUUAAUUUGCUGAUCCAUAGAGUUCUUGUGUUUGUACACUUGUACUAACAUGGUCAGGGAUUCCCAGGAACUUGACAUUCUCAAGGUUUCCUGUUUUGUUAAGAUUUGCACAAACACUGUAUAGAUAUAUACAAAUUUAAUAUUUAUAUCGAUAUAAAUUUGUAUUUAAUCAGAUUCUUAACAGAGAAGAUUUUAAGCUCAGAAUAAUUUAAUGUUUACACAUAUGCUUACAAAAACCAAAGAUAGGGGACAUUGUUUUUAAUGGUCUGCCUUUACAGUUUAUAUUCACGACGAUACUGUGGGCUUUGUGCCUAAUUACAACCAUUGUCAUUGUCAGCCAAUUAAUUUAUUGAUUUCUUGAAAAGAAACAGAUCACCGAAUUUUAAUAUAAUUGGGAAAAAAAACAAAACAAUUGAAUUCACAUUAAAGAUUAGAUGCUGUUAGUUUUUUGUUAUUGUAUAAAAUAAGCUACUUAUGUAUGAGAAAGCCCUGUUUUUAUAUCUCUGUAUGACCCCCCCUCCCCCCCAAAAAAAUACAAAUAAAUUCCCUAAUAAAAUAAUUAACUAUUCAA